GUGGCGUUAAAGUAAACGCUGUGCGCACUACGCACCGUCGAGGAACUUCUUCUUCUCCAAACCCCCACUCUCACCAACCAAGCCCUUGGAACGAGCACAUUCUCUCUCUCUCUCUCACGCGCGCACUGAAAAUAUCAGUGGUGUUAAACCUUGACCAGUUCAUUUUAUUUUUUGGUUUCGAUUAAUUGGAAUUUCUAAUUUACCGUUAUUUCAGAACUGUUGUCUUCUCUUUUAGAAACAGUCGAUCACCGCAAUUUCUUUUUCCUGAAUCCCGAUUAAUGAGCAGUGAGCUCAGUUCUGCUAUUGUUUGAAGAAUCAGUUUUCUUGUAGCUGAGUAAACGUGCUGUAUGUACGUAUAUUGAAGUUAAAAUUCAAAUCAUUUUGAGUUUCCUUUGCGAUCUAGUUAUUUGGAGCUUCUGGGUAUUUUGGGUUGCGUUUUGUUGGAAAUAUAUUGAUUGAGGAUUAGAGUGAAAUUUAAGCGUUUUUGAAAGUGGAAGCAAGUUCCCACGAAUGAUGUCCGUGGAGAGACCAUUUGAAGCAUGGGAGGAGGUGCAGCGGCAUGGCCAAGACUUAGCCGAUAGGCUUGCGCAGGGUUUAACGGGUUUAAUUCAGUCUCAUAUUAGUCCACCGGCUUUCCAGUGGCCCAACCCUCCAACGCCAAACCUCUUUGAAGUCGAGUUUGCAGCUCAGAAUUUCAUGAAAAAUGACUUCGGACUGGUGGUAGAUAAUUCUGGGAUUAAUGGUGUGUCGGCUAUUUUUGACAUUGGGAACAGAAUAGGACAAGCUGGGGCUGAUUUUGGGGCGUGUUUGAAUGGUGUGGUUCAGCAGUUUUUUAGGCGGCUGCCUCUACCGUUCUGGCAUGAUGAGAACACUGGGUUGUCAUUGCCAACAGAGAGUAACAGCCAGAGGGUUGAUUUGAGUAUUAAUCAUCUGCAGGAGGAUUUGGGAUCAAUGGCGAAAGGGUUUAGGGAUUAUGGGUUCACUGAAAAUGACAAGGUUCCGGAGGGGGUGACCGAGGAGGAGAAUUUUGGUGUUAACUUGAAGGCAUUGAAAAAGUUUGGUCAAUCACAGGGCAUAAUCAAUUUCACAUCAACCUAUGACAGUAGUACAAGGAAUGUCGAAAGUUCUUUGGUUGCUAGGGGAGAUUUAUGGAGAGUAGAGGCCUCACAAGGAAGUUCAACAUCAGGAAAUGAGAAUUCAUCCUUGUUCCUUAUCCAGCUCGGACCUAUACUUUUUGUUCGUGAUUCAACACUUCUUUUGCCUGUUCAUUUGUCAAAGCGGCACCUGCUUUGGUACGGCUACGAUAGGAAGAAUGGAAUGCAUUCCCUUUGUCCAGCUGUAUGGUCAAAGCAUAGAAGGUGGCUGUUAAUGUCUAUGGUCUGCCUCAAUCCACUGACCUUUUCUUUCAUGGACUUGCAGUUUCCAAAUGGCCAGGUCACCUUUGUAUCUGGUGAGGGCCUGUCCACCAAGGCAUUUCUGCCCCUUUGUGGAGGUCUUCUUCAAGCUCAGGGUCAAUAUCCAGGAGAGAUGAAAUUCAGCUUCUCGUGCAAGAAUAAGUGGGGCACGAGCAUAACACCAACAUUGCAGUGGCCCGAUAAAUCAUUUACUUUGGGCCUGGAGCAGGCUUUAGCUUGGAAGCGAACUGGUCUCAUGGAACGGCCAACCAUCCAGUUCAGUGUGUGCCCUACAUUUGGUGGCUGCAACCCGGGGACACGGGUGGAAUUUACCCAUUCUAUAAAGGAGGAGUUGAGUCUUAUCUGCGGCUGUUCUCUUGUGACAAAUCCUUCUGCAUUUGCAUCAGUAUCUAUUGGCAGGUCUAAGUGGAAUGGAAAUGUUGGGAGCACCGGGGUAGUUUUCAAAGUCGAAACUCCUCUUGGCAACUAUGGCUGGCCUUCUUUCUCCGCUCAGUUGAAUAGUGGCAUCGAAUUUUAACCAUUUUGUCCACAAUGUGCAGAGAGACACUUGUACAUAACUUCCAGUGUCUUCAAUCACACGAGUACUAAAUGCUCGUAGAUUCUGAAGAAGCAUCUACAUCAAGAAUUCAAGUCAUGCAAUACCGUGCCUUGUAAGGCAUAUAUAGAUGGGUUCUUGCAGUACCUUAUUUACGGGAUGAGCAGCCAGACAAAAUUUAUUUUGUCGAAAUUCAAAAAAUGUUCAUAUUGUGCAAUUUCGUACUAACAGACCAAGUGGUUUUUGUGAUGAAUUAUCUUGUAAGUUGGACUUUACGACAAUGAACUUGAAAUUGGAUAAUGGAUUCGUCGAUUUAUUAUCAAAAUUAGUUAACAAGAAA